UCAGUGGGUCUGAGUCUUGGAGAAAGCUGGGGGGGGGUGUUUUGGUUUUUUUUGUUUUGUUUUGUUUUGUGUGUGUGAGAGAGUGUGUGUGUGUUUUUUUUAAGAAGAAAAAAAUAAAGGGAAGAAAAUCCAGCAGAGAAAAGAAGAGAGAGGAAUUCCAGCUGUGGAGGAAUAGAGGAGAAGAAGACAGAUAGAGAAGGAAGAACAGAGAAAUACAUUUCAACCAAGAAGGAGUUUUGAUUUAUUUUAUUUUUAUUUGUUUUAAGGAAAAAAAAAAUCUAUAAGCAGGAAAAAGAAAGAAAAAGAAAAAAAGAAAAGAAAAAGCAACUGAGAAGGGUUAUAAAAAGAGCAAAUACCAAGAAGGGUGAACAAGAGAAGAAAGUCAAGGCAAGGAGGAGCCCAAAGCUGGCAGAUCGGGAGGAUUUGCAGGGGAGAAGGGGGGGGAAGAUUGGAAAUGCAGCUCUGGAGUUUGCUGCUGCCUCUUGCGCUUCUCUGUACAGCCCUAGCCAGUGGACCCGAAUGUGGGAUGGACGAGCGCUCCCGCAGGGCAAGAAGGGACACCAGGCACAGCCGCCAGCUCCUCUACACUGCCCCGGGCACCUGUGCCACCAGGUUAGCCCGAGGAAGGCGCUCCACUGCUGGGCUGGAGCCUGGGCAUGUCCCCCGCAGGAGGCAACAGCGGGAGGUAAAGGACGACGAGGAGUCCCUCACCCCGAGCAGGGCGCUCUAUUUCAGUGGACAAGGUGAUCAGCUGCGGCUGAAGGCAGAUAUUGAGCUGCCCCGAGAUGCCUUCACUUUGCAAGUGUGGCUGAAAGCUGAAGGAGGACAGAGAUCUCCGGCUGUCAUUGCAGGACUAUAUGACAAAUGUUCUUACACGUCCCGUGACCGAGGAUGGGUCCUGGGGAUUAACACCGUCAGUGACCAGGGGAAUAGAGACCCCCGCUAUUUCUUCUCUCUGAAGACGGACCGUGCUCGCAAAGUAACCACCAUUGCAGCACAUCGCAGCUACCUCCCCAACCAGUGGGUGCAUCUGGCUGCCACGUAUGAUGGGCACCUGAUGAAACUCUAUGUGAAUGGUGCCCAGGUGGCCACAAGUGGAGAGCAAGUGGGCAGCAUCUUCAGUCUUCUGACCUUGAAGUGCAAGGUGCUCAUGGUUGGAGGAAAUGCCCUGAACCAGAACUAUCGGGGUUACGUAGAGCACUUCAGCCUCUGGAGAACAGCCCGGUCUCAGAAGGAGAUCUUGUUGGACAUGGGCCAGGCAAUUCACAGACAAGACACGCCUCUACCUCAGCUAGUUCUUCAAGACAGUUUACUGAAUGUGAAAAACACCUGGUCUCCCAUGAAGGAUGGCAGCAGUCCUCAGAGCAAGUUCAGCUAUCAUCAUGGCUAUUUGCUGGAUACCAGCCUAGACCCUCCUCUCUGUGGACAGACAGUCUGUGACAACACGGACGUAAUCGCCAGCUACAACAAGCUCCCCAGCUUCCGCCGCAACAAAAUCGUUCGCUACCGUGUGGUAAAUCUCUAUGAUGACAAGCACCAGAACCCCACCGUCAGCCGGCAGCAGAUUGAGUUCCAGCAUCAGCAUUUAAAUGAGGCUUUCAGCCGCUACAACAUCACCUGGGAGCUGGAGGUGCUGGAGGUAAAGAACUCUUCCCUUCGCCACCGACUCAUCUUGGCCAACUGUGAUAUCAGCAAGAUUGGGGACGAGAACUGUGAUCCUGAGUGCAACCACACCUUGACUGGGUACGAUGGCGGAGACUGCCGACAUGUACGCCACACGCUCUUCAACAAGAAGAAGCAGAAUGGUGUGUGUGACAUGGAUUGUAAUUAUGAGAGGUACAACUUUGAUGGUGGGGAAUGCUGUAACCCAGAGAUAACAGAAGUCACCAAGACGUGCUUUGACCCAUAUUCUCCUUACAGAGCAUACUUAGAUGUCAAUGAACUAAAGAACAUACUCAAACUGGAUGGAUCCACACACCUCAACAUCUUCUUUGCCAAUUCCUCCGAGGAAGAGCUGGCUGGAGUGGCAACUUGGCCCUGGGACAAGGAAGCCUUGAUGCAUCUAGGUGGUAUUGUGCUGAAUCCCUCCUUCUAUGGAAUCCCUGGCCACACGCACACAAUGAUCCAUGAAAUUGGGCACAGCCUGGGGCUCUAUCACGUCUUCCGGGGAAUCUCAGAGAUCCUCUCCUGCAGUGAUCCGUGCAUGGAAACUGAGCCCUCCUUCGAGACUGGGGACCUCUGCAGUGACACCAACCCUGCUCCUAAGCACAAACUAUGUGGGGAUCCUGGACCUGGCAAUGACACAUGCGGUUUUCACAGUUUCCUAAACACGCCGUUCAGUAACUUCAUGAGCUACGCAGACGAUGACUGCACCGACUCCUUCACGCCCAACCAAGUGGCCAGGAUGCACUGCUACUUGGACCUCGUCUAUCAGAGCUGGCAGCCUGCGAAGAAACCGGCUCCUAUUGCAAUUGCUCCCCAGAUUGUUGCUCGGACCUCCACCUCGGUCACCCUGGAGUGGUUUCCACCCAUUGAUGGCCACUUCUUUGAAAGAGAAGUGGGAUCAGCAUGUGAUCUGUGUGCGGAAGGAAGAGUCCUGGUGCAGUAUGCCUUCAGCGCCUCUUCUCCGAUGCCCUGCGAUCCCUCAGGGCACUGGAGCCCACGGGAAGCAGAAGGGCACCCUGAUGUUGAGCAGCCUUGUAAAUCCAGUGUCAGAACAUGGAGUCCCAACUCAGCAGUCAACCAACACACGGUGCCCCCAGCCUGUCCUGAGCCUCAGGGCUGCUACCUGCAGCUGGAGUUUCGUUAUCCCCUGACUCCAGAGUCCCUCACAGUCUGGGUGACAUUUGUUUCGCCAGACUGGGACUCCAGCGGAGCGGUGAAUGACAUCAAGUUGCUCACCAUCAGCGGGAAGAACAUUUCUCUCGGGCCGCAGAAUGUCUUCUGUGACAUCCCAUUGACCAUAAAGCUGGAUGCAGGACAAGUGGGUGAGGAGGUGUACGGGAUCCAGAUCUACACUCUGGAUGAGCACCUGGAAAUUGAUGCUGCCAUGCUGAGCUCUGUCCCCCACAGCACGCUGUGUGCGGACUGCAAACCCAUCCAGUACAAAGUGGUUCGGGACCCCCCUUUCCAGUCUGGAUCUCCACUUGUCAUCUCAAACCUCGGCAGGAGAUUUGUCGACACGGAACUGAGCGAUAGGACCACAUACACAUACCAGGUCGUCAUUGUUUCCGGGACGGAGGAGAGCGAGCCUUCCCCCGCGCUUGUGUAUAUCUCUGGAAGUGGAUACUGUGGAGACGGGAUUAUCCAAAUAGACUUGGGGGAAGAAUGCGAUGAUAUGAAUAAGAUCAACGGUGAUGGCUGCUCCCUAUUCUGCCUGCAGGAGUUAUCCUUUAAUUGCAUUGAUGAACCCAGCAGGUGCUAUUUCCAUGAUGGUGAUGGAGUAUGUGAGGAAUUUGAGCAAAUGACCAGCAUCAAGGACUGUGGUGUUUACACUCCCAAAGGCUUCCUCGAUCAGUGGGCUUCCAAUGUCUCCGUCUCACAUCACAGUGAGCAGCAGUGUCCAGGAUGGGUGGUCAUUGGUCAGCCAGCAGCAACCCAGAUGUGUCGAACUAAGGUGAUUGACUUGAAUGAUGGUGUCUCUCAGUAUGCCUGGUAUCCCUGCACAGCCAACUUCCAGUACUCCCACAUGACACAGACCAUUUUCUGGCUGAAGGCUUAUUUUUCCCAGCCUAUGGUAGCUGCGGCAGUCCUAGUUCACUUAGUUACUGAUGGGACCUAUUACCUGGAUCAGAAGCAGGAGACCAUCGGUGUGCAGCUGUUUGACACCAAAGAGCAAAGCCACGAUCUUGGUGUCCACGUCCUGAGCUGCAGGAACAAUCCCCUGAUUAUCCCCGUCAUCCAUGACCUCAGUCACCCUUUUUAUCACACCCAGGCUGUCCUCAUUAGCUUCAGCUCCCAGUUUGUGGCCAUCUCCGGGGUGGCCCUGCGUUCCUUCCACAACUUCGACCCCAUCACCAUCAGCAGCUGCCAGCGAGGACAGACCUACAGCCCGGCGGAGCAGAGCUGCGUCCACUACUCCUGCGAAGCCAAUGACUGCCAAAAGCUGGACAUCGAGAACGCGCUGCUGAACUGCACCGGUGGCGGGUGGUACAACGGUGCCCAGUGCAAUGUGAGCUGCAAGACAGGCUACAUUUUGCAAGUCCAGCGAGACGAUGAUCUCAGCAAGAGCCAGAUGGAGUCCAGCAUCACCAUGACUUGCACAGAUGGGAAGUGGAACAAGCAGGUGACCUGCGAGCCCGUGGACUGCGGUGUCCCAGACCAAUACCAUGUCUACCCAGCCACCUUCAACUGCAGCGAGGGGACCACCUUUGGCAAGAAAUGCUCCUUCACUUGCCGACCUCCUGCUCUUCUGAAAGGAAACAACAGCAACUUGACCUGCAUGGAGGAUGGGCUGUGGUCCUUUCCAGAGGCCCUGUGUGAGCUGAUGUGUCGAGCACCCUCCAUCGUCCCUAAUGCAGAUCUCCAGACUACUCGUUGCCGAGAAGAUAAGCACAAAGUGGGCUCGUUUUGCAAGUACAAAUGCAAACCAGGUUACCAUGUCCCCGGAUCCUCCAGAAAAGCGAGAAAGCGAGCCUUUAAGAUCCAGUGCACGCAAGACGGCACGUGGCUGCCAGGCGCUUGUGUACCCGUUACCUGCGACCCUCCGCCUUCCAAGUUUCACGGGCUCUACCAGUGCUCCAACGGCUUCCAGUUCAACAGCGAGUGCCGGAUCAAGUGUGAAGAUGAUGACAAUCAGUCGGGCCGUGGAAGCAACGUGAUUCACUGCCGGAAGGAUGGCACCUGGAGCGGCUCCUUUCAUCUCUGCAGGGAAAUGCAGGGCCAGUGUGCGCUGCCCACACAGCUCAACAGCCACCUGAAGCUGCAGUGCGCCGGCGGCUACGGCAUAGGCACGGAGUGUACCACCUCAUGUCUGGAUCACAGUCACGAGCCCAUCCUCCUGCGUGUGAACGAGACUGUGCAAGACAUCCAGCACUGGAUGAACCCUCAAAGAGUGAAGAGUGUUGUCUGCACGGCGGGACUCAAGUGGUACCCUCACCCUUCCCUGAUUCAUUGUGUCAAAGGCUGCGAGCCUUUCAUGGGGGACAACUACUGUGACUCCAUCAACAACCGAGCCUUCUGCAACUAUGAUGGUGGGGACUGCUGUGCCUCAACAGUCAAGACCAAAAAGGUUACUCCCUUCCCUAUGUCCUGUGACCUACAAGGAGAGUGUGCUUGCCGGGACCCUAACGCCCAAGAGCACAAUCAGAAAGACCUCCGUGGCUUCAGUCUUGGGUAAUGCCAAGCGACGUGGAAUGGAGGACCACACUGCUCAAGGCAGGCUAGGAGAGACACCACAUCCCUUUUGGUAUCGUUUUUAACAUUUAGCUGCUCAACUGGAUGGCAUUUCUGCACCAGGGACCCUUAGAAUUCAACCAGUCUGCCUUUAAUUUUUGUCCAAGGAGAACUCAAAGUAGGGGUUUAUGUAUUAACUAUAUCUUAAAUAGCGAUGACGAGAAACAAACAACCAAGAGUCAAGUCGAGAAGACUUUCAUGUAUCAAAACAGCAUGUUAAGCCCACCUAAUUUGAACAGUUCAUAUCUAGAUUCAAGGCGAGAAACAAGCUAUUUAUGUACACAUAUUUAUAGAAAUAAGUAGAGAAAGAGAGAAAGAGUGAAAGAUUAUGAUCAACACAAAAACUUUCCCCUCUCCAAACUCACAAUUCAGACCGUUCAUGGAAGAGGCUGUGCUCUUGGAGGACUCCAAGCUGAGCCUUUUCUGAUGCUGAAUGCCAAGGUAUCGCAUGCUCGGGGCACUGAGGUUGGGGUGGGAUCUCCACAGGGCUGUGCCUCUUGGCAAGUGACUUGCCAGACGCCCAGCCAGCUCGAGACGUGGGAUGCAUCUGCUCCUCACAGGAACGCUACUUCCAGCCAGGGAGCUCAGCAGACUGCAGUGGCCUUUCUGUACAGCUCCUCCUUCUCCCCCUGCCCUCAAAAAGCCAACAAAAAGUCCCCUUGUAGCCUGCCUGCAAGCUGCAGGGCUGCUGGGACGUUUCUGUGUGGAGAUGGGCAGGUGGUCCCAUGGUGUGUUUAGGGAGUGGGGAGUCUAAGGACUGGCAUCGAGGAAUGUGGAUGAUUGCUUCUGAGGAGCAGAGAGGGUAACUCGCGCCCGCACUUGUCAUUUGAGCAUGUCUGCUGCUGCUACUCCUGCUGCUAUGUCCCAUACAACUAGUUUCCUUACUGUGUCAGGACAGGGUGAAAAACAACCCCAUGCAACCAAACAGUCUGCCUUAAAGCUUACCUAUAACCUGCCUUUCAAACCCUCUGGUCUCUUCCUCAGCAUUGGGGCAAGAAAACAGGACACCAGCCAGCCAAAGGAAUCUGCUUUCUGGUCUCCACCCAGCCAAGUGGUUCUCUAGACCUCCUUCACCCCCCUCUUAAUGCUGGUCUACAUCUAACAACCGUUUCAUGCUCAUGUUUUCUGAGGAGAGGGAAGAGGAGGAGGAGGCACAUGAUAUGGUGAAAGGACUGCAGGAGACAGUAUUAGAGUUUUGGCCAUAUUUGUCAGUAUUAAGCUGUCAGGCCAGUGGGUCAGAUGCUUUUGAUAGACCAGGAGCUUAGCUGCUUAUAAUCUUCCAGAAGGAAGGGCAUUAGCUGCAGCAGACUUCACGCUUCCCUGUCAUAUAGCUCCAUCGUCGUGUUUCAGCCCAGAGGGGAACAUGUUGUGCCAGACCCUUGGGGACUCACUUCAUCAUAGGGUUCAUCAUGUGGAGUCACUGAGAUGCCCAGUGCAUCUAGUGCUGCUGCUGCUGCUACAACCCAUCCCACAGAAAUCCCAGAGGUCUUUCCAGUGUGGCUUGGGCUUGUCUCCUGCUGCUUCAGGCUCCCGCUAGGAAGAACACACAUCCAAAAGAACAUUCUUCCAAGUGUUAAGUCUGUCUGUUCCUUGGGACUCUCCUGACUUGCACAAUCUACUGGGUAAAGACAGGUUGGGAAUACUUUUUCCUACUCCUGCUUGAUUGAACAUUUAGGCACUCUAGCAAGGCGGAAGGGUAAGGUGAGGGGUCAUGGAGAUGAAUGUAAAAAUGGGUAGGAGAACUAGAAAUGGAAAACUGACAGAGUUGUAGGUGCAAGGAGCCAGGCUCUUGUCACCCACUGUUGGGGUUGUUUCUAUCGGAAUAAAGCAGAGGUGAAUCUCAAGAACUAAAAUGUAGAGGCCUGGAGAGGUGAUUGUCGUAAGAAGGUGAGCAGCUCUCUGCUGUGAAGCUCCUAGUUACUCCCAGAGAAGACCUGGCCAUGGGAGCUGUGUGGAUGGCUCUGCCCCCCCUGUGCAGGGGUGUACAGGAAAGAGAGGCGCAGUGGGAUCAGGGCUCCUUCUGUGGACUUAGGCUGAAUGUCCUCCAGUGGAGAGAGCAGUGGCAAAAACCGGGCCUGGGCAAAAGUUCCAUGUUUGCCUCUUGCCAUCUAAUUAACAAUGGAAGGAAAUAACUCUGAAAAGGUUGCUUCCUUCUGGUCCCUUUGUCCUCCUGUUUUGUGUUGGCAGUUUGUUCGUGUGCCAUCCAGCCCAUCAGAGGACCUCGCAACCUCAAAAGCCUUUCGGACUGCCACUGUAUCAUGUCCUCAAUGCCUGCGGCAUCUCGGCAUGAUCUCCCCCCUCCACCCCACCUGGGUUUCACCCCAGCAGGGAGCCUCAGUUCACGUCCUCUGUGCAUCCUGAUGGCAGCUCAGUUUGCAAAAUCCACUUCUCAGUUAUACAGCUCAGCAUGGAGAAGAUUUUCCAUCUGCUUUUCUCACCUAGGACAUUGCCUGGGAAAGACAGGUCUGUAUAAGCAUUAUUGCCACUUGCUGCUGUGGGCUCCCAGGAGCUCAGGGCCUGCUGAGCUCCUCUGCCCAGCCAGGGCCAGCCUCUGCUCGCUGAGUUGGAGUCCUCAGCUCAGGGGAGAUGGUGGCCUGUUGCCAGCACAGCCUCACACCUCAGCUUCACUCCUGCAGUCCAGGGGUGACCCAACUCCCUUUCCCGUGGGCAGGCUUUCCAUGCUGCUAUUUGAUUUUUUUUCUAACUGCCAUGUUGGCACUGUCCAUCUCCUCCAACGGGGCUGACAGAACUGGGAGCAGAAGAAGUUCUGCCCUGAGUCAUGUUAAACCCAAUAGCAUUUUUUUUUUUUCUCCAUUGGGAAAAGAUUGCAUUUGGGCAAAGCUUUGCCCUCUGCAUUUCAGGUGCUGUACCGUGCACCCGGGGGGAUGUGAAGGGAGCCGUGAGGCAUGGAUACUUGUUCAGCUCUUGUCCUCUGUGCUCCCACCCUGGGGCAAGGUCAGCUGGAUGGCCUUGCAGCAUCUACCACUGUUAGGGCCUUGAAUGCCCUUGGAGUCCCUAGGAAAGACCCUCCAUGACUGUGAUGGCCAUUGGGUGGGAGUUGGGAGGGACAUUACCCACCACCUCCACCCACCGAGCCAGUGGUGUAGGACAACAUCAAACAAGAAGUUUGGGGGAACAAGAGAGGGUGCUCAUGCCGAUGAAAUUUAGCUGCUCAUAAAGUCCAGGUCACAUUAGUGCCAAGAUCUUCUCUGUCACAGAUGAUAGCAAGCCAAGGCUGCACCCUACCUGGGGCCACCAGCCAGCCUCCUGGCUAUGGGUGGUGUCCAUGGCCAGCAGGAGGGAAAGCUGGAGCAGAAAGCAGUGAAUGGUGCAUGGUGGGGUGGGAAACUCCUAUCAGCUGCUACCCCUCUCCCUCCCCACCCUCUUGCAGAUGGGCUGCGCUGGUGUCCUCUUGCUUUUCUUGCAUCUUCCGCUGUCCCCCCCCAGGCUGAGAAAGGAGGAUGGCACCAGAGGACUCUUGGAGUCGGGUUCCAGCUACCUCCCUUCCGGUUUCGGUUUCACUUGGUUGUAACUGUCGGUUUGUUCUAGGUUUUACCUGUGUUAAGAAAAAAAAAAAAAAAAAAGGAAAAAAAAAAAAGAGAGAAAAAAAGAAAACCCAAUAGCCAACAAAAGUUUCUUGCUGCAACUGAUUCAGGUGGGGGAAAAAAUAACAACAAGUGAGGCUUUACAGAGAGGAAGAAAAGAAAAAAAGCCACAAAAAAAAAGGAGAAAAGAAAACCCACAUAAUCCAAAUCCAAGAAGAGCAAAGCCUAUUUUUGUGUGUUUGAAAGGAAAACACUGAUUCUGCCAGCUGAGUAGAGAGCUAGAUACUUAAGUGUAGAUUUCCCUAGAAGUACCGUGAGGUUUUAUAACAUUGUCUGGUUUUGUUUUCCUUGUGCUUUGUGAUAAGUCCAGGAACUAAGGCUAAGGUAUUUUUUCCCCUGGUAUAUCGUUGUUUCUGGGGGGAGGGGGGCGGAGUUUAUUAUUAUUUUUUUUUCCAGAUUAUUUUUUUAAGUGUGUAUUUGUGCUUAUUUUUACAUUAUCCAACUGUACAUACACAUUUAACCAGUAUUUCACUGUGCUCUAAUUACUGCACUCAGAAGCACUGCACAGUCUGAAUCCCGAAGAGCUGCGAGAGACUGGGGGUGAGGGGGGGGAAGGAGAAAGCUGCUACGUGAGCAGACAGGUGAUUCCCGUGAGCGGGAAGCGGGGUGCCGACCGUCCCCUUCCUGCACUCCAGCCCGUCAUUUCCAUUUGCGGCCAAGCUACAAGACAGGAGGGGAUGGGGUUAAGUCAGCCGAGGCUGGGAUGCUCAAAGGGGUUUCGGAGCUGGCGAUUUGGCCUUUGAACUUUUUUGGAUGCUGUGGAAGUUCCCAGCCUUUUGGCAGCAUCUUGCCCUCCCCGCCCAAUCGCUGGAUGCCCCAGUGAGAGGUGAUGGGCAUGUUCGUAUCACUGGGAGAGGACUGUAUGCCCAGCUUAGAUACACUCUUGAAAUUGUCAUGGUUGUGGGGCCCAUUUUGGUCUCAGUGGUUGCAACUGAGCUGAUUUGCUUUGUGUUUCUUCCACAUCAUCCCACCCUCUGGGGAAAGCCAUCUCCCUGCCGGGGAUGUGGAAGCACGCCUGUCUCCAGCUGACCUCGUGUGUUGGGCACGCUGCAGCCCUGGGGACAGUCCCCUUUCCACUGGAGGACCUUGACCACUGAGUUCAGUGGGAGCAUGACCAAAACAUCAGCAGGAGCAGGUCCAGGUGGCCCAAGAUGUAUUUCCUUGGAGCUACAGUCAAUUUGGGCAGUAGGGGUUUGGUGUUGGGCUGUUCCUGCCACCUGGGGAACCGGUGUUCAAACGCCCAGCGUUUUAGUGAGAGCAAAGUGGGGCUUAAUGUUUUGUUUCUGUCUUAGUUUGGCAAACUGAAUUUUCCCCUUUUUGUCUGAUCUAUACAUCCAAGAUUCAUCAAGAAUAAUAACUGCUUCCUCUGAGGCCAGAAACAAGAGCUUGGAUUGGCUUCAGGUGUUCGAUGAGGAGUCUUGGUGCUACUUGUUGGUGGUGUUAGUCCUGUUAGAUCGAGAUGCGGAGCUAAUGAGUCCAAGUUGUCUUUGGUUCCCAUUCUGAUUUGGUUUGGUCUUUUGGUUUUUUUCCUUCGUUUGGUGAGGCCACAAUUUAGCCACCAGUUUCCAUCUUCUGAGUGCAAAGAACCAGGGCUUUAACGAAACAUUUCACCAGCAAUUAAAGAGGGAAUUGGAACCAUUGUGGAGUUUGCAUUGUACGGCCUCUGUAAUUACUUACCUGUCUGCAGAUGAUAGGCUGAAUUUUGCUCCCAUCAAGUCAACAGGGGUUUUUGUUGUUGUUGUUGACUUCACUGGGAGCAGGAUUGAGCCAUACUAUAUAUAUAAAUAUAUAUAAAAAUAUAUAUAUGAUAUAUAUAUAAUAUUAUAUGUGUAAUAUUAUAUAUAUAUAUAUCAGUGUAAUAUUUACAAAUAAAACUGUGAUCUCGUCUAGAGAAAAAUGUAUUCAUAUUACCAACUGCUCUUCCAUAUUUAUGUAUCAUAUUGUAUCUUUUUAUUAUUGUUAUAAUUAUUAUGAUUAUUAUGGUUGUUAUUAUUAUUAUUAUGGAAUCUUUCUUGGCACCUUUUGGAAGCCACGUCAACCAAUACUCCAAUGAAGUGCUGAGGAUCUAUUUUCACAAGAAUUCUACUGGUCUACUGUAUAAAAGAGAAAAGAAAAAAAAAAAAAGAAACAAGCAAAAUACAGUUCAACCCUUAAUUCUGUACCUCACGCCUGUACGUUUGCUGCUCCGAUUUUGGGUUUUAUUUUGCGUUCGUUUGUUUUUAACGGAUCUAAUUUAAGUCUCCAAGCAAUAUAUAAAGAUGUAAAUAGUAAAGCUUAUUUAUUAAGAUUGUCAUCUUUUUUAAUUUAUAUUUACACAAUUGUUCAUCUAAUUUAUUUUUUUUUUCAAUACAGUUUUUAACAGUU